CAGGGGAGGUUGCGGCCAUCAUUCACCAUGUGGAGUGGAGACUUCAGUCCCAGCAACUACUCCGCAUCUCUUCAGCCUAGACGAGGGACCAACAGUGGCCCGGCCCUCUGCCUUGAGGAAGAGAAGCGAUGGUCGGCGGAGGACAAGGGGUAGAGGCAUUUGCGCCUCCCUCUCGGCAGAGCCUCCUAGCGUUUGCAGCGGUUAGCGCGUCCCAGGUCUCUGCCUUUCCCCAGGAAACAGAGAAGAUGAUCAAGUUCCAGGAGCCAGUGUCCUUCAAGGACGUGGCCGUGGUCUUCACCGAGGAGGAGCUGGGGCUGCUGGACUCCGCCCAGAGGAAGCUGUACCGAGACGUGAUGCUGGAGAACUUCCGGAACCUGCUCUCAGUGGGGAAUCAGCCCUUCAAACCAGAGCUUAUAUUCCAGCUGGAGAGAGAAGAAGAGCUUUUGAUGAUGGAGACAGAAACCCAGAGAGAUGGGUGUUCAGGAACCAAGAGUCAACAUAAUAUGGAAAGUAUUCAAGAAGUGGGAUUAAGCUGCCUUUCCUCCAAAGAGCUUUCCACCUGGCAGACCUGGCAACAAAGUGCAGGCAGGUUAACCGGGUGUCAAGAUUCCAUGAAAAUUUUUCAAGAGAAUAUUUCUCAGUUGCAAAAACAAGGUGAUUCCCCCUGCCAAGUUUGGGCAGGAAUACCGAUUCAGAUUUCUGAAGAUGAGAACUACAUACUGACUCAUAUAGGAGAUGGUUCCCAUGACAUAAAAAGUCAAGAAUUUCCCUCUUGGAGAGCCCAGCAUUCUUGGAGGAAAAUGUAUCUUACAGAGUCACGUAAUUAUCAGUGUAGAUGUCAGAAAAUUUCCAUGAAAAAUGAUUUCUGUACGUCUGAAAGUAUCAGUUGGAUCUCACAUCACAAUGAUAAUCUGGGUGUACACAGAACAGAAAAAAACUAUAGCUGCCAUGACUGUGGAGAAGAUGUCAUGAAGGUUUCACUGCUUCAUCAAGACUUAAUUCAAACAGGGCAAAAGCCCUACCCUGGUAAUGAGUACAGAAAAGCCUUCAACAAUGACUCCAGCUCUGAAGUUCUUCGGCAGUUACGCUUAGAAGGAAAGCCCCGUACAUACAGUCCAUGUGGAAAGGGCUGUAGUUACAGUUCAGUUCUUCAUACUCAUCAAAGUGUUUGUAGAGGAGAUAACUGUGUUUCUGAGAGUCCACAUCUGCAGUGCCAUCAGGAAGUACACGCAGAGGAGGUGCCAUUUAAAUAUGAAUAUGGUGAGAACUUCAAUCAGUGUUCCUCUCAUAACACAUAUGAACUUACUCACACAGGAGAGAUGUCCGACAGAUGCAACAUUUAUGAGAAGGGCUUCAGUCAUAGCUUAGACCUUAGUAGUAGUUUUAGGGUCCAUACUGAGCAGGAGCCCUAUGAAUUUGAGGAGAAUGGGAAUGUCUUUAUCCAAAAUUCUUGCCUUCGAGCCCAUCAGAAAAUCCAAACUGAAGAGAAACUAUACACAGAUGUGGAGUGUGAGAAGGGUUUCAUUUGUAACUCAGAUUGUAACAUUCAGCACAGAGUUUACAUGGAAGAGAUUCCCUAUAAUUCUGAGGUGUGUGGUAACGGCUUCAGUCUGGCCUCACAUUUUCAAGACCUCCAGAUAGUCCACACUAGGGAACAACCAUAUAAACAUUAUACAUGUGGUAACAGCUUCAGCCAAAAUUCAUAUCUUCAAGGCCAUCAGAAAAUUCACAUUGGCGAGAAACCUUACAAAGAGUGUGGGAAUGGCUUCAAUUGGAAUUCAAAACCUAAAGAUCAUCAGAGAGUCCACACUGGAGAGAAACCGUACAAAUGCAACGCAUGUGGUAAAGUCUUCAGUCAUAGAUCAGUUCUUAAUGUUCAUCAGAGAGUCCACACAGGAGAGAAACCUUUUAAAUGUGAGGAGUGUGAUAAGGGAUUCAGUCGGAGUUCAUACCUUCAAGCCCAUCAGAGAGUCCACACUGGAGAAAAACCAUACAAAUGUGAGGAGUGUGGGAAGGGAUUCAGUCGCAAUUCUUACCUUCAAGGCCAUCAGAGGGUCCACACUGGAGAGAAACCAUACAAGUGUGAGGAGUGUGGGAAAGGAUUCAGUCGGAGUUCACACCUUCAAGGCCAUCAGAGAGUUCACACUGGAGAAAAACCAUUCAAGUGUGAGGAGUGUGGGAAGGGAUUCAGUUGGAGCUUUAAUCUUCAAAUUCAUCAGAGGGUUCACACAGGAGAGAAACCCUAUAAAUGUGGAGAAUGUGAUAAGGGCUUCAGUAAGGCCUCAACUCUUCUGGCCCAUCAGAGAGUCCACACGGGAGAGAAGCCAUACCAAUGUGAUGAGUGUGGUAAGAGCUUCAGUCAGAGAUCAUACCUUCAAAGCCAUCAGAGUGUCCACACUGGAGAGAGACCCUAUAUAUGUGAGGUAUGUGGGAAGGGCUUCAGUCAGAGAGCAUAUCUUCAAGGUCAUCAGAGAGUCCACACCAGAGUGAAGCCAUAUAAAUGUGAGAUGUGUGGGAAGGGCUUUAGUCAGAGCUCACGCCUUGAAGCACAUCAGAGGGUCCACACAGGAGGGAAACCAUACAAAUGUGAGGUGUGCACAAAGGGUUUCAGUGAAAGUUCACGCCUUCAAGCACAUCAGAGGGUCCACGCAGAAGGGAGGCCCUAUAAAUGUGACCAAUGUGGUAAGGGUUUCAGUGGGUUUUCAAGUCUUCAAGCCCAUCACAGAGUCCACACUGGGGAAAAACCAUACAAAUGUGAGGUGUGUGGUAAGGGCUUCAGUCAGAGAUCAAAUCUCCAGGCUCAUCAGAGAGUCCACACGGGAGAGAAACCCUACAAAUGCGAUGCAUGUGGUAAGGGUUUCCGUUGGAGCUCAGGUCUUCUAAUUCAUCAAAGAGUCCAUAGUGGUGAUACAUUCUAUAAAAGUGAAGAGUAUGGUAAGGAUUAUCUCUCUUCAGAGAAUCCAUACAAAAGUGAAAUUCGGUAAAAUGGUAUUCUAUUACGUUCUGAAGUCCUCAAAUGAGAGCUGAAAUUUUCCAUUCACUCCAGUUCUUAUAGUAGAAAAAGAAUUUCUUUCAUGAAAAGGUAAUGUUUCUGCCCAGCAUCAACAUUCGCAAUAGCCAGGAGACCACACAGCAGAGACAUCUAACGAGAGAGGUUCCAUACGGGAUUUUGUGAGAACUUUAACAUGUCAUUGCACGUGACUUUAACCAGUUGUUGCACUAGGGCUUAAAAAAGAUAUGAGUAUAGUCAGGAUUUUAACAGAAGCACAGUGAUGAGCAUGCCUGAAUCCACGUCCACUGGAAUGUAAAGUUAAUGAGAGAAGGGGCUUCAUGCAUUGUGAAGUCUCCAAAGCCACGACACUGCAUAACUCAAUAUUAGGUGCUCAGUACUUUUUGCUAAAUGACUAAAAGUGUGUAAAGGUAUCAUGUUUGAGAUUUUUAUUAAGCUUAUUUUCCCCAAAAAAUCAUUUAAAAAUAUAUUUGGAGGAGGAGGAAUACUGCAAGUAAUGUAAGCACUUCAAGUAAAUAAAUAUUAUUUGAAAUGUAUCAGCAAUAUCGCAAUCUGAAAUUACAUGAAUUUGGUUGUAACCCUGUUGGGAUUGGUUCUCUCCCUUUGUCCCUCGUGUAAGCAGGGAUGAACUGAAUUUCUUACCAUUUGGUCUCUUUCUCUACAGUAUACUAUCCAUUUUAGUUUAGCUGUGAGUACGUACACCUGUGUGCACUUUAAAGGACAGUACAAACUGAUAAAACAAUGUUUCUGGUUAACUUUAUAAAAAUGGAACACUGCAUUUCACAUAAUUGAAUUUUUACUCCUGCCCUGUGUGUUAGGACAGAGUUUUACUGCAAUAUUUGGAAAGUGGCAGGAAUGGUUACUAAUGACAAAUACUUUCUUAAUAAAUGUCAGAAUUACAAUA